UUUAUUUUUUUCCUGGCGAGCUCUAUGACGUCAUCCUGGUUGUUUGCAAGAAGAAAAAAAAAGACAAGAGGUGAAAUUAUCUGAAGAUUUUCCGUAUCAAAGAACGGUUUUAUGGUUAAAAUAAACUAAAAUUCACAUCUAGAACCAUGUCUACGCCAGCCCGAAGACGACUAAUGAGAGAUUUCAAAAGGCUUCAGGAAGAUCCUCCUGCUGGGGUGAGCGGGGCUCCAUCUGAAAAUAAUAUCAUGUUGUGGAAUGCAGUAAUAUUUGGGCCUGAGGGAACACCAUUUGAAGAUGGAACUUUUAAGCUAGUGAUAGAGUUUUCUGAAGAAUACCCAAAUAAACCUCCCACUGUCCGAUUCAUCUCAAAAAUGUUCCAUCCGAAUGUUUAUGCAGAUGGAAGUAUAUGUUUAGAUAUCUUACAGAAUCGCUGGAGUCCAACAUACGAUGUUUCAUCUAUUUUGACCUCUAUUCAGUCUCUGUUGGAUGAACCAAAUCCCAACAGUCCAGCCAACAGCCAGGCUGCUCAGCUUUACCAAGAAAACAAACGGGAAUACGAGAAGAGGGUAUCGGCUAUUGUAGAGCAGAGCUGGAAUGACUCCUAACAAUGAAAAGAGUACUUCUCACCGCUGUUAAACUCAAUCUUUCAUUUACCUCAUUGAGAAAAAAAGUGAAAAAAAAAAAAAAAAUACUUAAGUGCCACCGGUUUAAAAAGAAACAAAAAUCUGGACUUUUAGUGCUUGCCAACAUGUUUGAAGAAUACCAGCCACUGAGGUUUGUGUUACUCUUGUGUUUUUAAUGUGUUCUUUUUAUUGCAUGAUGUGAAAUAAGUUAUUGCUAACUAAACUUGUAUUAUAUCUUUCUUUUUGUUGGAUGGAUGCUGUUACUGUUCAGUUUCCAAAGAACCAUUUUUUUUAUGUUUUUCCUGGUUUAAAGAAAACCAGCCAUUUAGAAUAUACUAAUUUUGUCAGAUUUAUUGGUGCAAUGGCAGAUGUUGUUUUUUAUUUUUUAAAGCAACAGACAUUUAAUAAAAACAAACAAAUUAUAUCAACCACAAUGUUGUUCGUAUAUUAAAUACAGAAAGUAGCACACUGUCUCCUCUCUCCCAAAUGUGGUUUUGGAGCUAACCAAACCCAAGUGGAUGUUAACCAGAUAGUACACAUCUACUCAAGAUUUUCAGAUUAAUCUGUUAAACCUUUGGACAAAAAAAUAAAAAAAACACCAGGUGGCAAUUUAGAUUUGCAAGAAAGAUGAUUGGACACCAAAUUCCUGAACCCAACAGCAAGCAGCAUAUUAUGGCCCACCCAGAAAAACAAAUACAAUUUCAAACAGCAAGGGGGUGAACUAUUCUUUGCAAUCGCUGGCUUUUCUUGUAUAAACUGUAAAGGUACAUUUUGUGGAGUUGCACAAUUUAAGUGCAAAAUUAAGUUAUGUCACUGCUUUUUAUAAAUCUAGAGAAAGGCCAACUGUGUUCACAAACCUGCCUGAAUGCAACGAGUUCUGAUCAGAUGGAAUAGUUCAGAUGUCUGAUGUUGUAACAUGGAGGGUUGUAGAAUAACAUGCCGUGAAGUUUAGGUAGCUUAUUGUCUGCCCUUCUUUUCUGGAGAGAGGUGGCAUAGUUCUAGGUGGAAAGAAACAUCACAUUUAUGUUUUUUAAACAAGAAUUGUGAUAAUCACAUGAGUACUAAAUUAUUACUUGCCACCUGCUAUGGAAAUGAUGCAGGUAUUUGUUUUCUGUAUGAUACACGCAUCUACUAAAGAUAAAGGUUUUGGGGUAAACAUACAUGUUCUGUUCAUUUCUUUGUGGCUUACAUUUAAAGGUAAUUGAAGAGAGGAGUAUUUGUGCACCUUGUCUAAGUGUAAUAGAAACUGAAAAGCAAAAACAAAGCAAUUAUGGAUAGCCGAGAAAUGUGUUAAUUAAUCAGACUUUAUUUAGAGAAAAUAGUGGUGAUUGUCUGCACACAGCUGUAGUGCUUGGUUUUCACUGGACCUAAUGGAAAGGGAGAUGUUAUAAAGCUAGUUUCUGUGAAUUUAUUAGGACACGAUGUAUACUUCUGAUAUGCUGUAUAAACACAAUAAAAACAUUUUACAGACUUUAA